AUUACACUCUCUAUUAUAUAUAUAUCUCUUACCAUUUUUUUCCAAUUUGCAAACACAAAAGUACUUCACAUUAAUAUACAUUCCCUCAAUAUCUUCUUCUUCUUCCUCAAAUUAAAUUCCAUCUCCCAAUAUGGGACAUCUUCAGGAGUUUGAUCAGGUUUUCAUCCAAGCCCCCGACCACCGUCCCAAGCUCGCCGUCUCCCAAGCUGACGGAAUCCCCACCAUCGACCUCUCUCCAAUCUUCAACGACUCACCACCGGCCGGCAGCGAAUUCCCCCACGAUUUGGUCCAGCAAAUCGCCUCUGCUUGUACGGAGUGGGGAUUCUUUCUGGUGGUCAACCACGGUGUCCCUCCCGAGAAGCGGCGUCGAAUGGAAGCCGCUGCCCGGGAGUUUUUUGGGCAGAGUUUGGAGGAGAAGAGGAAAGUGAGGAGAAAUGAAGGGGUGGCGACCGGCUAUUUUGAUAUGGAGCUGACCAAGAAUGUCAGAGAUUGGAAGGAGGUCUUCGAUUUCGUGGUGGAGGAUCCGACCCUCAUUCCGGCAUCGUCCGAUCCUGAUGAGACUGAGUUGACUCAGUUGAUCAAUCAAUGGCCGGAAUACCCACCGGAAUUCAGAGAGAUUUGCGAAGGAUAUGUUGAAGAAUUGGAGAAACUCGGGCACAAAUUGAUGGAGCUAAUCGCCAGUAGCUUGGAAUUACCGGCAAAAAGGUUUGGAGAGUAUUUUAAAGGGCAAACAAGCUCUGUGAGACUGAAUCACUAUCCAUUGUGCCCAUCACCGGAGCUAGCUCUGGGAGUUGGCCACCACAAGGACCCCGGUGUCUUGACGGUGCUCGCCCAAGACCACGUUGGAGGACUGGAAGUGAAAAGAAAGAGAGAUGGAGAGUGGAUUCAACUCAAACCUGUACCUGAUUCUUAUGUGGUCAAUGUUGGAGAUAUUACUGAGGUUUGGAGCAAUGAGAAAUAUGAGAGUGUGGAGCAUAGGGCUACGGUAAACAGCAAAAGGGAUAGAUAUUCAAUUGCUUUCUUCUUUUAUCCAUCUCAUUCCACCAUUGUUGAGCCUCUGGAAGAGCUUAUUGGUCCCCAAAACCCUCCCAAAUACAAACCUUACUCUUUUGGGAAGUUCCUCGCCAAUAGAAAACGCAGCAAUUUCAAGAAGCUUAAUGUCGACAACGUUCAAAUCUCUGAUUUCAAGAUCACCAACUAACCCAAAUUACCUUAAAUGCUUCCUUCCUUCAUGCUACUAUAUGUUUGGUAUAAGCUUGGCUAUUGAAAACAUAAUCAGUUGAAUAAUGACAGCCUGAGUAGUAAAUGCCAAGUUCGUCAUUUUGUAUAAUUUAUAUGCUUAGUUUGAGGUUUAAAUUGAGAUUAUUGUUUUUUUUGUAUGGAAAUCUUUUUUUAGUAUAACAACUAUGAAAAUUAAAGAUCGAGAAUCAAACCUCUCAUCUUUUAGAUGGGAGGUAAUACUAAUUA